UCAGCACAGAGCAUAGGUGGCAUUUGUUACAUUUCUCCAUUCUCCUUCUCCGUGAUCCCGCGCUUCUCUAUUGGUACAGAACUGAGGGCAGAUUAUGAGGAUUUAUUUUGACGUUGAGGGAUUAGCGGUCCAUGGCAACGUAACAGACCCAGAAUGGCAUAGGCAGUGUAUUGGCAUUGAUGUCGGUGCUGUAGCCCAAGGAACCACUGAUCUGUAUUAAGCAUCUUAAAGGAAAAGCCAUGAGUCAGUUCCGGGCGUUAGCGGGUGUCCUGAAGGGUGGAGGGCGCCAGUGGCUGCGAGGCCCCGGAGGCCCGGCAGCCAGGCGGUGGUUUGAUCCCAGGAGAGGCUGCUCCUCUGAGGCUGCAGUUCCCGCAGCGGUGGCCAGCAGCUCCAGCUAUGUUGAGGAAAUGUACUUUGCCUGGCUGGAGGAUCAUAAAAAUGUGCAUGAGUCAUGGGAUGCGUUCUUCCGUAAAGCCCAGGCCUCCGGUCCGUCUGCUGAGGUGGACGAGAGACGGCCCUCCACUCUGCUGCAGGGCCGGGCCCUGUCCCAGACAACUGACAUGGCACAGAAAGUGGUGGAGGACCACCUGGCUGUGCACACACUCAUUAGAGCCUACCAGAUUCGUGGUCACCAUGUUGCCCAGUUAGACCCCCUGGGAAUACUGGAAGCUGAUCUUGACUCCUUCGUUCCCUCUGACCUGAUCACCAGCAUUGACAAGCUGAGUUUCUAUGAACUAGAUGAGUCUGACUUGGAUAAGACCUUCCAGCUGCCCUCCACCACCUUCAUCGGGGGAGGCGAGACCACCCUUCCCCUGAGAGAGAUCAUACGCAGACUAGAGGCGUCCUACUGUGGUCACAUUGGGGUUGAAUUCAUGUUCAUUAACAACGUGGAUCAGUGUCAGUGGAUCCGUCAGAAGUUUGAAACUCCUGGAAUCAUGCAGUUCACCAACGCUGAGAAGAAAACCCUACUGGCCCGGCUGGUCAGAUCCACACGGUUUGAGGACUUCCUGGCCAGGAAGUGGUCAUCUGAGAAACGCUUUGGUCUGGAAGGCUGUGAGGUGCUCAUCCCUGCCCUUAAAAUGAUCAUUGACAUGUCGAGUGCUGCAGGCAUUGAGAGCGUGAUCAUGGGAAUGCCUCAUCGGGGUCGAUUGAACGUCUUGGCCAAUGUGAUUCGUAAGGAGCUGGAUCAGAUCUUCUGCCAGUUUGACCCCAAAUUAGAGGCCGCCGAUGAGGGUUCGGGGGACGUCAAGUACCACCUGGGGAUGUACCACGAGAGAAUUAACCGUGUGACAGACAAGAACAUCACGCUGUCACUCAUGGCGAACCCCUCCCACCUGGAGGCAGUGGACCCGGUGGUGCAGGGCAAGACCAAAGCUGAGCAGUUCUACAGAGGAGACACUCAGGGAAAAAAGGUCAUGUCCAUCUUGCUGCAUGGAGAUGCUGCUUUUGCUGGACAAGGAGUUGUAUAUGAGACCUUCCACCUGAGCGAGCUCCCCUCCUACACCACACACGGGACGAUCCAUGUUGUGGUCAACAAUCAGAUUGGCUUCACGACGGACCCUCGAGUGGCGCGCUCCUCUCCCUACCCCACUGACGUGGCUCGGGUUGUCAACGCGCCCAUCUUCCAUGUGAACGCCGACGACCCCGAGGCUGUCAUGUAUGUGUGCCGGGUGGCUGCAGAGUGGAGGAACACCUUCAACAAAGAUGUCGUCAUCGACCUGGUGUGUUACAGACGGUUUGGCCAUAAUGAGAUGGACGAGCCCAUGUUCACCCACCCGCUGAUGUACAAGCAGAUCCGUCGCCAGGAGCAUGUGCUGAAAAAGUAUUCUGACAAGCUUAUUGCUGAGGGAGUAGUGACGCUGCAGGAGUUUGAGGAAGAAGUUGCCAAAUACGACAAGAUAUGUGAAGAGGCGUACACCAGCUCCAAGGAUGGAAAGAUCUUGCACAUCCGUCACUGGCUUGACUCCCCCUGGCCAAAUUUCUUCACAGCUGAAGGAGAGCCCAAGAGCAUGAGCUGUCCCCCAACAGGAAUGGAUGAGGAGCUUUUGCAGCACAUUGGAGAGAUAGCCAGCUCAGUACCUGUAGAAGAUUUUAGGAUCCACCCUGGUGUGACUCGUAUCCUGCGUGGUCGAGCGGACCUAGUGAAGAAGCGUCAGAUGGACUGGGCUCUAGGAGAGUACAUGGCCUUUGGCUCUCUUCUCAAAGAUGGCAUCCAUGUCCGACUCAGUGGGCAGGACGUUGAGCGCGGCACCUUUAGUCACCGUCAUCAUGUUCUGCAUGACCAAGAGGUGGAUAAACGUGUCUGUGUUCCCAUGAACCACCUGUGGGCCAACCAGGCUCCCUACACUGUCUGCAACAGCUCCUUAUCAGAAUAUGGAGUCCUGGGUUUUGAGCUGGGCUUCGCCAUGGCCAGUCCUAAUGCUCUGAUCCUCUGGGAGGCCCAGUUUGGAGACUUCCACAACACAGCCCAGUGCAUCAUUGACCAGUUCAUCAGCCCAGGCCAGGCCAAGUGGGUUCGCAACAAUGGCAUCAUCCUUCUGCUGCCUCAUGGCAUGGAGGGAAUGGGCCCAGAACAUUCUUCAGCUCGGCCUGAACGCUUCCUGCAGAUGAGCAAAGACGACCCCGACCUCUUCCCUGAGUUUCGUGGAGAUUUUGAAGUGCAGCAGCUCUAUGACUGCAACUGGAUUGUGGUCAACUGUUCCACACCCGCAAAUUACUGUCAUGUGCUGAGACGGCAGAUUCUGCUGCCAUUCAGAAAACCGUUGAUCAUUUUCACUCCUAAAUCUUUGCUGAGGCACCCCGAUGCAAGGUCCAGUUUUGACGACCUUGCCCCAGGCACUAAGUUCAAGAGGCUGAUUGCUGAUGAGGGACCUGCGGGUACACACCCAGACCAGGUGAAAAGGGUUAUCUUCUGCACUGGCAAAGUCUACUACGAACUGGCUAAAGAGAGGAAACAGCAAAACUUGGAGAAUGACAUCGCCAUCGUCAGACUUGAACAGAUCUCUCCAUUCCCCUUUGACCUGGUCAAGGCAGAGGUGGAUAAGUACACCAACGCUGAACUGAUCUGGUGUCAGGAGGAGCACAAGAACAUGGGCUACUAUGACUACGUCCGGCCACGUUUCCUCACUGUUGUGGCCAAUGAGAAACCCAUUUGGUAUGUGGGACGGGACCCUGCAGCUGCUCCCGCAACAGGGAACAAGUCCACCCACAUCAAUGAGCUGAAGAGAUUCAUGGACACGGCUUUCAACCUGAGCGCCUUUGAGGGGAGGAACUUCUAAGUGUCCACCGGGAAAACCAGAACAGGACCCAGCGAGGAAGAGCAGCUCCAUCUUCAAAAACCAUGGACUAUCAAUUAAGUUUUGAUACUAUUAGCUGAUACAUUUUUACAGCUAUUAUAGAUUUGUGACAGUCUGUAGUGUAUAGACAAGUCCUCACUGGGUAUGUUUGCUCCCUAUUUUAGCUGACAUAUUUUAACUAUGGACAUCUUCACAUACCAAAGCUCAGACAAUCACUAUAAUUUCAGUGUCUUUAGUACAGUAGAUACCUCAAUUGCUUCUCUGAUUAAGGGUAGCAAUAAAUAGUGUAGAUGUGUUAUUGUAGAUGAGUAGCAGAAGCUGCAAACUGCACACACACACCACUGCACUGGUGUACCUGCACAAUGAUAUCACAUAUCACAGUUAAGGAAGACUGUUGCUGAAGUCUAACCCAUCAGUCCUAGGUAGGUUUAUUGCCUGUAUUUGCCUUGGCUAUGUUAGCUGUUUGUGAAAUAGUCUCUAGUUAUUGUCACAGCUCACUUCACCAGGAGACAUGAGCCAGCUGGCAGGGAGACAGGUAGCCAUGUUUUCUACAAAGGACAUACGGCUCAGCUUCGUCUUUGGAGGCAUAGCAUGCGCACACGUACGCACAGCAAAGCCUUGGACGCUUCACAAUGACAGUAAUAUUGACACUCAGCUGUCACAUUUUAAAUCCCCAGGCACUUAAGUGUGCUGAUAUUAAAUGUGACUGUGUUUAUAAAUGCUCCAUAAAAUUAUGCUUCCUGUUGAGCCAUACCUUUUCAAGUUAAAGCAGGGAGAUUUAGCUGUAAGCCAUACACAAACAUAAUUUUACAUAUUUAAGUGAUUUAAGAAACAGGCUGUGUAACUUUAGUUUCUUACUGGAAUAAGCUUAUAUCCACAUAGUAGUGUGGGUACUGUAUUGAACAAUAAUUUGAUGCAGUUUUAUUUACACUUGACUGAACAGAGCAAUAAGAUGUUUAAGUUAAAAUGCUUUGAUGUUACUGUUUCAUCACAGAUGAUGCUUAGCAUUUUAGUUGUAAAAGAAAGUCUAACUUUGACAGACAAAAGGCUGCUUAGGCUACUGUCUGCAAAAAGGUAUCAAAUUAAUUACUACUCGCACAACUGAAUUCAUGCAACAACAAAAUGCAGUAAAGCACAAAAUAUUUCUGUCUGUUUGAGGCUGCUCUAUAAAGAAGAAAAGCUA